CCCGCGAAAACCGCCGGCCGGAACUGCCACGAGGUCCCGCCCACCGGCGGAAGUGUGGGUUGCCGGGCAACCGAAGUGGGCGCCUUCAGCUGGCUCAGGGCUCCCGGGAGCAAGCCGAGCCUAGCUCCCACCUCUUGUCCCGGCAACCUCCCGCCCCGCCCGCCGUCCUUCUUGCCGCCUCUUCUAGCGUCGCGGAAUCCUUGCCCUUGGCACCACGGACACGUCUCCGGCUCCCACGACCACAUCGCGCCCACCUGCUUGAAAGCCAGUUUCCAGCGGAAGCGGAGCGACCCGGCCCCCCGCGUGGCAUCCAGGCUCUCGGACCGCACCUCCCCUGCCAUGGGCACCUACACCUACACCAGCCGGCCCCGGGCCCUGCCCUGCCAGCGCCGCCGCUACAGGGACAGCCUGAAGCAGCCAGCUGAAGAACCUAUACAUUAUGGAAACAUAAUGUAUGACAGAAGGGUGAUCCGAGGCAAUACUUAUGCUGUACAAACAGGACCAUUGCCUGGGCAGCCUGAUCCUAUAGAGAUUCAGAGACAGCAGCAGGCUAAGAGGAGGGCUCUUGCCAGAAAACGAGCCCAAGAACAGCUCAGACCACGAACCCCCGAACCCGUGGAAGGCAGAAAGCAUGUGGAUGUGCAAACAGAAAUAUACCUUGAAGAAAUUGCUGACCGCAUAAUAGAAGUUGAUAUGGAAUGCCAAACAGAUGCAUUUUUGGAUAGACCACCAACACCACUCUUUAUUCCUGCCAAAACUGGCAAAGAUGUGGCCACCCAAAUACUAGAAGGAGAGCUCUUUGACUUUGAUCUGGAAGUAAAACCAAUGUUAGAAGUUCUGGUGGGGAAGACCAUUGAGCAGUCUCUUCUGGAAGUAAUGGAAGAAGAAGAGUUGGCUAACCUGAGGGCCACUCAGUAUGCAUAUGAAGAGUUACGCAAUGUUGAACUAGCUGAAGUUCAGCGACUUGAAGAGCAAGAGAGACGACACAGAGAAGAAAAAGAGCGUCGGAAGCAACAGCAGUGGGAGGUGGUGUACAAGCACAACGAGACCUCGCAGAAGGUUGCGGCUCGGGUGUUCGCACAGCGUUACCUGGCGGACCUCCUCCCGUCCGUGUUUGGCAGUCUCAGGGACGGUGGCUACUUCUAUGAUCCCAUUGAACGAGAUAUUGAGAUAGGCUUCCUUCCAUGGCUAAUGAAUGAAGUUGACAAAACCAUGGAAUACAAUAUGGUGGGAAGAACAGUGCUUGACAUGUUGAUUCGUGAGGUGGUCGAGAAGAGACUGGCUAUGUAUGAGCAUAAGGAGGACCAGCCUCCAUUUGUGCAGUCUGAGGAUGGGUUCAGUGGCCCCGGAGCAAUGAGAGAAUCCCUGAUGGGUGAUGAAUUCCAUGAACAAAGUGCAUCACAGUCACAGAGGGUACUUCAGGCCAGAGACUCCCUGCAAAAAACACCAAGCGACGGAAGGUAUAUGGAGAAUGUGUCAUCCCAAGAAAGGAAGCUUACGGAAGAAGAAGAUGAUGAACAAACAGAAAGGAAUAUCUCAGGGAGAGAACUAUUAUAACCAAGGGGAACUCUCGAGCCACGACCACUCAGCGGCCAGGCAGCAGUGCCAGCAAUCAGGUAACGAUGUGCAGGUCCCCUCAGCCUAUGGAAAUUAUGUUGUAUUUACCCAACAUGUUUUUUUGUCUAAUGGACUGGGCAAAUCAAAUAUGUUGAAAUAAUAAAACUAAUUAAAAAUGAAAAUUCAUUUAUUUAAUGGCAGAAUAUCUAGAAGCUAUGUUGUACCUGUCUAAUGACAAGCUGUCCCUUACCACGAAUAUAAUUAACCAAUGUAUUUUCCCUUAAAGUUUGUGGGUUAGGGGUUUGUUUGUUUUUUUUUUUUUGUAUCAUAUUUAAUGUUAGGUAUCGGUUUGCAGUCAGCCACUGAGCCUUUCUGCUCUGUAGGAAAACUAUUUCACCUACUCCAUGAAAGAACACCUUCCAUCUUCAAUAUUUAAAUAAGGCUCCAGAGAUUCUGUGACUUGGUCAUAUGCUCUUGUCUGUUUUUUCACAUUCCUGAUAUUAUCACAUUCCAGACAAUACCAAUAAAGCCAAAGUCCCUUCCCGCCCUUCUGCAGUUCCACUCCCAUCCUCACUGUUACCAUUAUUAUAAUUAGGUAUGUACCUUCUCAGCCUUUUUCAAGAUAUCAUAC